GUUUUUCCAGUAGAUUUGGAUCUGGGGACGGAUCUUGGUGUAUGCCAAGCCACCAGGACGUGUGACAUUGGUGAAGAGUGCCGACAACCCAGUGACCAGACAAGAAGAGCUGUGCAAGAUGAAGGUGUUUCUGUUUCUUCUGUUGGCUGCUGUCACUUGCAUAGAUUUGGGACACUUCUUGCGGUGUUACACCUGCAGGGAUUUGACCCCAGUUGACAAAUGCCAGACAAUUGAGAACUGCACAGAGGGUGAGCUCAUGUGCAAGACCACGAUGUAUUCCCUGGAGGAUGUUUAUCCCGUCACAGAAGUCUCAACUGUCACCAAGAUGUGCUCCUCCACCUGCAUCCCCUCCGACGUGGAUGGCAUCGGGAUGACACAUCCUGUCAGCUGCUGUUACUCUGACCUGUGCAACUUCGAUGGUGCAGAAAAUUUGGGGAUCAGAGCUGAGCCAUCUUGGAUCCUCGCAAGUUCCCUCUGUGCCUUUUUCUGGACUAGACUGUGAGGGGACGAUUCUGAAAAUUCCAUGAAGAAAAUAACCCCCCACCAGCCCAGCUUUCCAUGUGGAUGCCUCAAAAAAAACCCUCAACAGCUCCCAAAAAUUGAGGUUUUUUUAGUAUCCACACUUUUCCCACAACCAAGAGAGAAGCAAAACUCAGGAAGGCCCAACUCAAAUUUUUCAAUUGAUUUUUCAACAACUCCCACAAAAUUAAUUGUGGAGUUUCUUUGCUGUGCUGGUCUGGUUGGGUUUGAAGUAAAAAAUUCAAAUGUGUGAA